AUGAAUAAAGUAAUUCUAAUUUUUGUGAUACUAUCAAGCACAAUUGCUGUUAAUGCUUAUGUGCUUAGCUCAUUUUAUCGUCAAUUCAAAACAGCAGCAAAGAACAGUCAGUACAACUUAGAAUAUUCCAACUUGGACUGCGUUGAAGACAAGUUAAACAUAUCCCAAAAUGGUAGAAAGGAAGUUGAUAAGAUGCUUGGCGAUGCUGUUCUAAAUCUUGCAUUUUAUUCAUGUUCAAUACUUUCCAAUUAUGAAAUAAGUAAAAAUCUCAAAGCUGUUGAAAAAUUGUUGCCAAAACAAACAAAAUGCUUUAAAUCAGGAUUUUCUAAAGCUGACUUGAAUGGUCUUUUGGACUGCUAUAUGGAGCCUAUCAAUGACAUGGCAGUUGGAUUGAAUAUUUGGCCUUUGAUCAUUUUAUUUAUUUUAAUUACAAUUGCAUCAAGUUUAGGAAUACUUCUUUUGCAUGUAUUAUUGCUCAAAUGUCAAUAA